UGCUGGGAAAAAGCCAAACAGAGAGGAAGGGGCUGUCGCCCCCCCAGGAGCUGUGCGAAGCGGAGCCGCGGGCACCAGCUGCGCCUGCCUUUCCGGGUCCCCAGGGCUGACCUGGGGGCGACUGGCCUGGGCACUCUGGCCCCUGCACAGGGAAGCUUCUGGACGGCUCCUGGCUGGGUCAUCGACACUGUUGCUGAGUUUUUAGUCUUUCCUCCAGGCCAGGCCCAUGGCCAAUGGCCGGACGGGGCUGACCGCACCCGGCUCCCCGAGAGAAGAGUAGGAGCCCAGAUGACCCGCGGGGUCGGCCCCGCCCUCCCCCCUUAGGGAGGCGACUCUGGGGACUUCACAGUCUCUUCCAGGGAAAAGCAGCCGGGCCAGAGCCAAGGGAAGGGCCUUCUGCAAACAGUGGGCCGCGGAGCACCUGUGCAAACACGGGGCUAUAAGUGAGUCUCCUUGGCAGACGCGGCUCAUCCACCCUCCAGCGAGUGGCCGCGUCCCCGGAGCCCGCCGUGACCAUGGAGGCCAGGGCGCUCUGGCUGCUGGUGGCGGUCCUGGCCGUGGGGUCCUCCAGCUCGUCCGCGCAGUACCUGGGCCUGUCAGAGAACCAGUGCGCCGUCCCGGCCAAGGACAGGGUGGACUGCGGCUACCCCGAGGUCACCCAGGAGCAGUGCAACAGCAGAGGCUGCUGCUUCGACUCCAGCAUCCCCCAGGUGCCCUGGUGCUUCAAGCCGCUGCAGGAGACAGAAUGUACAUUCUGAAGCCAGCCUGAGGCCGCCGGGCACCCUGGGAGGUGAACUUCCAUACUCGGGGGCACGCCGCCCACUCAACUGUGCCUCCCCAUCGCCCCGCCCCCGGCAAGGCUGCCGC